ACGUCAGGAGGGCGCCGCGGCAAGGAGCGCCCCGAUUGGAGCGCCGAGGACUCGCUUUCCCGUGAAGCCCCGCGCGCGAGCGGCCUAGAGGCCUGGCUGAAGGGACUGAGGGGAAAGCCAGCCAGCGAGCGAGCGAGCGGGGAUCCGAAGGCCCUUCGCCUGCCUCCUCGUCCCCCUUCGGCCAUGGGCUCCCUGCUCAGCCGCCGCAUCGCCGGCGUCGAGGACAUCGACAUCCAGGCCAACUCGGCCUACCGCUACCCGCCCAAGUCCGGGAACUACUUUGCCAGCCAUUUCUUCAUGGGGGGCGAGAAGUUUGACACACCGCAUCCGGAGGGGUACCUUUUUGGGGAGAACAUGGACUUGAACUUCCUUGGAAACCGUCCCGUCCAGUUUCCCUACGUCACCCCAGCGCCUCAUGAGCCGGUGAAGACGCUGCGCAGCUUGGUCAACAUCCGCAAGGACUCCCUUCGCCUGGUCAGGUACAAGGAAGAUGCCGACAGCCCCACUGAGGAGAAUGGGAAGCAGAAGGCUCUGUACAGCCUGGAGUUCACCUUUGAUGCUGACGCCCGGGUCGCCAUCACCAUCUACUGCCAAGCAACCGAAGAGUUCAUUAGUGGGAUGGCUGUUUACAGCACCAAGAACCCCUGUCUGCAGUCAGAGACAGUUCACUACAAGCGUGGAGUGAGCCAGCAGUUCUCCCUGCCAUCUUUCAAGAUUGAUUUCUCCGACUGGAAGGAUGACGAGCUGAACUUCGACCUGGACCGGGGCGUUUUCCCUGUGGUCAUCCAGGCAGUGGUGGAUGAAGGGGAUGUGGUUGUGGAAGUGACUGGCCAUGCUCACAUCCUCCUAGCUGCCUUUGAGAAGCAUGUCGAUGGAAGUUUCUCUGUGAAGCCGCUGAAACAGAAGCAGAUCGUGGACCGGGUCAGUUACCUGCUUCAGGAAAUCUAUGGCAUUGAGAAUAAGAACAACCAGGAGACAAAGCCCUGUGAUGACGAGAACAGCGACAACAGCAACGAGUGUGUGGUGUGCCUCUCAGACCUGCGGGACACCCUCAUCCUGCCCUGCAGGCACCUCUGCCUCUGCAACUCCUGUGCGGACACUCUACGCUACCAGGCCAACAACUGCCCCAUCUGUCGCUUGCCCUUCCGAGCCCUUCUGCAGAUCCGAGCAGUGAGGAAGAAACCGGGGGCCCUCUCCCCUCUGUCCUUCAGCCCUGUCCUGGCACAGACCCUGGACCAUGAUGAGCAUUCGUGCUCCGACAACAUUCCUCCGGGCUACGAGCCCAUUUCGCUCUUGGAAGCCCUGAAUGGGCUGCGCUCCAUCUCGCCCUCCAUCCCUUCAGCCCCCCUCUAUGACGAGAUCACCUACACAGGGGUGCUGGAUGGGCUUCCCCUCUCUGGCAGGCCCCUUGUGGGGCUGGACCGAGCCGUCGAGAACAGCCAUCAGAAGAGCAAGCGUAGCAAGUCUCCCGACAGCACCCUCCGCUCUCCCUCUUCACCAAUCCAUGAGGAGGAUGAGGAGAAGCUCUCGGAAGACUCAGACCUGCAGCCUCCCCUUGCCGGGACGGAGCUAGUUUUGCGCGAGGGCAGCUCCCCGGAGAGCCUGACUGUGGAGGACUCAGAGGAGAUUCCCUCACUGCAGCAAGGUAGCCAGCCCCCCUCCGUGGAGGACAUAGUCCAAGAAAGCAGCAGUGCCUCCGAGGCCAGGAGCCUCCCCAGGCUGGAGAGUGAGCUGCCUACCGACGUCUACCUGCCCGCCCUUGGUCCGGACUCCUGCUCUGUUGGCAUAGAGGAGUAAGCGGGGUCUUCCGACUUUUCUGGCACUCUCCCGAGCCAUGGGACCAGCCAUCCUGGGCAGCCAUUCCUCUUCAGCCAGCCCCAUCUUUGUGGCGAAAGCGCACAGAGUAGCUCCUGAGUGGCCAGCUCAGGGGUCAACGCCACCAUCUAGGGGACCCGAUGCCAAACUCCUGGGCCUCCUGCCUGUCUGCUCUGCCAGAUGAAUGGCCUGCCUGCAGGACGCUGCUCCUUCCUCCCUGUCCCCCAAUGAAGGAUUAUUCUUACCAGAUACUUAAUCAUAACUUGGUGCAAGAGGGACCUUCUUUCCUGCCCCCCCGCCCCAAUUGCUGGGCUCAGCCUCACAUGCCCAUGCUCUCUGUUUCUCAUGGACUUGGUGUCUUUGUACAGGUUUGCAUGCUCCAAGUGCAUUCCUCCUCACACCCUGGAACAGCAGUGAGGAUGGUGUAGUGGAAAGGCCUCUCCCUCUCAUUUGCCCUGCAGCUGGUGUGCUCCCUCCCCUUGUAAAUAUAUCUCCUGCUGAGGGCUCAGACUUUUCCCAUGCCUGCCCUGCGGCCCCAUGUGCCUGCUUCCUGCCUGAUGCCCCUGCUCUUGUUCAGUGCCCAACCCUCCAGGCAGCUCCUUCCAUCCACCUCCUGCCCUUUUCCUAGGGAUUGGGGCACAGGUGAAGAGCAUCCCUGAAAAACCCAGGCUUACCUGCCAGGAAGGGGUGGGCUGAUGAGGGUGGAGCACCUGGGCAGAUGGGUCCAUUCAAGUUCCACUCUUUUGGCCAACUGACCACCGGGAGACCACCCCUGCCUGUGCCUCUAAGGCUGGAAGGUCCCCACCAGCCAUCCCACCCCCUUUGCCCAAGCUCCCUCUCUCUGCCGUGACCCACAGUUGUAUUCCAAUCAUACAGCCCAGGCGUGGAAAUGGGCAGCAUCUUCCGUGCCUCUUCUGUGCCAGAGCUGCUCCCCUCCAACCUGGUGAUGUCUGAUUCAACUGGUGCCCUUCUGGGGGUGUAGGAUGAGGGGGGCAGCAUAAGGCAGGCUGGGGGGACAGCAGCCCCUGGGCAAAGAGCCCAGCCUGCAAGCAGACCCUCUUGCCAAAGGCUGCCCUGCCCUGCGUGGCAUGGGUCCCUGCCAGGCUGCCUCGUGCCUUGUUUCCCACACUUCUCCAAAGGCAGAGCAACCCACCCCCAUCACAAAGCCUUUUCCUUCUGAACACAUUGCUGGAAGAUGGGGCUGAGUUUGGGUUUGACUGCCAGCUGUGUCCUUAUACUCCCUUGUUCCCCACCCCGCAUGGUGCCAGGUUUUUCUUCCCCCACCCAAAGGGCAGGGCUGACCCUCAAGCCCCUUUGCCAGGGAUGAUCCUGUUCUUUUUGUUAAAGCCCCAGCCUGUGGUGCAGCCUCGGAUUUCCAUUGACUUUGAGGGAAAACAACAGAGGGCAGGAAGGCACCCUCUUCCAACCAGGCAGCCUCCAGUUGUAUUGGACUGCAAUGCCCAUGAUCCCCCAGCUGGGGGUUAUGGGUUUUCCACCCAAACACAUCUGGAUGGCACCAGUCCUUGGGAGGCCGCUGCUUACACUGUGUAACAUGGCCGCUAAGUUGUCCCCAGCCCCAGUGUUGCCUCGGGCACAGAACUUUUGGGGGCGGGCGGGCACCCUUCUCUACGCUUCCUGCCUUCUCUGUGGGGAUAAUAACUGACCUACUGUACCAGGUUGUUGCAAGGAAUGUUUUGGUGAUGUUUGUAAAGUGAACAUUCAAGAUGUGCUACAUAAAUACCAAGUAUUGUUA